UAAAAAUAAUUAUAUACGUUAAACUGAUAUUAUUGAAGUUAUUUUGAGUAUUAGACUUUCAUUACUGUUGCAACUAUAAUCAUCAUUAAAAAUGGGUUUCUAUUUUUGUUCAGGAAUAUUCCUUUGUUUUAUGUGUGUAAUUACCUUACCCAUAUUUUCUACUGGAAAGCCUUGCUCCGAUGAAGAAACUAGUAACAAUAAGUCAAAUCAAAUUGAUGUUGAAGAACUAUUUAAAAAAAGAAAUGAGAUUGAUGAUGAUGAAUUCGAAGCACUCACAGAAAAAAAUGAGAAAGAGAAUCCCAUAUCAUUUUAUUACGGACAAUUAAUGUCACAUAAAUAUGAGAAUCAAGAAUUAAAAGAUGACGACGUUAAUAUAUUACAAAUAAAAGAAUUUGUAGAAAAACAAUAUGCUUCUCAUGAAGGAUACGAUAGUGAUGAGGAGGAAGCAAAUAUUGGGGCGAUUUCUUAUUUCAUUUUCGGAAAUUAUUAUUUCUGUUUGAAACCUAAAGAAGAUGCUUUUUACGAACAACUUCGCGCAGGCGAUAAGAAAAAUAAUGGCACUGUGUCAAAAGAGUAUGCAAAAGAAGUCAUUUUGAGAUGCGAAUUGUUUAAUGGUCGAUUAAAAGACGAUAAACUUGAUGAUCUACUCAAUAAGUAUACAAAUCAGGACAACGAAUUCAAUUACAAUGAUAUGAAAAAAAACAUAAUUAAUGAUUAUAAGGGCGAUAAAUCAUUUUUUAUGUGUUAUGAUAACGAGAAAAAUGAUUGGCUGCCUAAAUUUGCGAAGUAGUUCCUACUCAACAUUUAUAAAAAUAUAGUUAAACCUUAUUGAAAAUAUUUGUGUUACAUAAUAUUUGUUAAUAAAUGUUUAAUUUAUUCUAAAAAA